UCGGAGUGGGGGGCGCCGGGCGGCCCGGGCGUGCCCAGCCUCGCCUCUCGCCCACUGCCCGAGACCCCCAGCCCUGCUUCCAUCCGCAUUGACCUCGGUCGCCGCUGUCGCCGAGGGUCGCGGCACAGUCUGCGGGCGGAGAGCGGGUGCCGCGGGCCGCGCCGGAAGCGGAGAGCGGAGGUUGAGUCCUGGGAUGGCGCGCCAGGUGUCCGUGGCCUUCCAGGACCUGGCGGUGCGCUUCUCAGAGGACGAGUGGCAGCUGCUGGGGGAGGGGCAGAGGGCGCUGUACCAGGACGUGAUGCGGGAGAACUACGAGAUGCUGCUGUCCCUGGGGACAGCCGAGCUGCUCCCCCUCUCUGCCUUCCUGUCUCCUGCGGAGCCCAGCCGGGCCAUGGAAAGCAGGAGCUGCGCUGGUGAGGGGCCGGAGCCUCCCAGGGCCGGAGGCCCCCUGGGAGGAGCGCCCCCGCACAGCCUACACCUCACUGCCCUGGUGCAGCUAGUGAAGGAGAUUCCGGAGUUCCUGUUUGGAGAGAUCAGCCCCGAGAGCGAGAGCGGGGGAGUGGGCCUGGACGGGGAGCGGGCGAGCCCCAAGGCAGCUGUGACCGUGGAGACUUGCCCUCUCCGAGGCCUGCUCAGCUGCCUUCCAGACACGUCUACGGGCUGGUCCAGCCUGGCCACCACGACUAGCAGCAGCUCAUUGUCCAGGGGCCUUCCUGGAGCCAGGGGACAGGGGAGCCCCCUCCCCAUCAAAACUGCUGACAAAUCAAGACCCACAGACAAGGAAGGCCCAGAAGCCCCAGGGGGGGAGCCCAGCCCUCCCACCUGUAGCCCCAGCAGGAAGAAGGGCCCCAGGAAACAGGAGAGAGGGACCACGGGGACAGGUGCCAUGGGAAGCUCUCCUGGGAACAGCCCCUUGCAAGGCCUUAUCAACUGCCUGAAGGAGAUCCUGGUGCCUGGGCCCCAGCACCCUGAGGCGUCCCCAUGCUCGCUACCUGCUCUCCCCGGCCGGGACACCGCUCAGCUGCCCAGAGCAGAGCUGGGGCCUGGGAGCCCGCCCUGGGGAGUGAAGACAGAGGCGGCUUCCGGGGACUGCCCCCUCCAGGGUCUGCUGAACUGUCUGAAGGAGCUCCCUGAGACCCCGCACGGGCGCCCCAGCCCCUCCAGUGUGCGGAGGGAUCCGGGGCACUGCCAGAGGAGUUCUGCAGCGCCCGGACCCGUCCAGCGCCCUCCCCCCGGCCCUGGUCCGGGAGCUGGCAGCGUGCUCUCUGCGGUGAAGAUGGAGGACUGCUGGGCCCAGAGCCCCCCGGUGCCUGCAUCCUGUCAGCUCAGCAGGUGGGCCCACAGCCCCUCUGCUGCUGGCAGCCAGGGGAGUGGAGAGACCAGAGGGGUCCAGGUGCCCAGCUGGGGCCCCGGAGCUCAAGCCGGCAGUGCCUCGAGCUCACCUCUGGAAGCCCUGGAGGCCUGUCUGAAGGGCAUUCCCCUGAGCGGGUCGUUACCUCCCCAGCCGCCGGCCACCUCUGGAUCGCGGAGCCCGCCGCCAGGAGAACCUGGGGCUCAGAGGCCCGAGCCGCAGCCCCGCAGACCACACGGUGAAGAGGUGGCCGUGGGGCCUCUUCUGGCUCUGAGUCUUCAGGGCUGUGUGAGAGGCAGCCCUGCCCUCCCCUCAGGGCCCUACAGCACCCCUACCAGCUUCUCCUCAUCCAGCAGCACCGAUGGGGACCUGGAUUUCCAGAGCCCAGGGGGCAGCCAGGGGCGUCAGCCUGGAAAAGGAAGCCCGGUGGGAAGCUCCCCGCUCCAGGGCCUGGAGAACUGUCUCCGAGAGAUACCUGUGCCCAGGCCGCAGUCAGCUUCGUCCCGGUCCUCCGCGGGGGACAGGGGGCCACAGAGAGCGGAGCCCAAGAACUGGACGGCAGACAAGGACGGACUGAGGGGCGAGGCCUGUGAGCCCCCCCAUCUGGGGCAGAGGCAGGGGGAGACACCCACAAGGAGCUUCCGGCUGGCCAGCCCACAGGCGCUGACCUCUAGCAGUGUCCCCGUCUGCUACCAGCGAGGGCUCAGAGACCAUGGGGCCACCAGGCCGGGACCGUGGAGGUGGCUCCAAGAUGGGGCGGCCACGAAGCCCUCCCCGCUCCAUUGCCUGGAGAACUCCCUGAAGGGGAUCUUGCCCGGGAGGCCCUUGCGCUUCGCCUGCUUGGCAGGCCCUGGCCCUGGCCCCAGCCCCGGCUCCAGCCCCGGCCCCGGCCCCGGCUCCAGCUCCAGCAUCAGCAGCUCGGAAGGAGAAGAGCUCUGGCAGCUGCUCCCACAGGAGAGGGACCGCCUUCCGAGCUACAGGGGUCCUGGCCCCCUGUCCCCACGGCCUGGAGGCGGCACCCAUGCUGGUGGCAGCCCCGGUGAAGGCCCACGGAGAGCAGAGCCCGGAGCCCCCUGUGGCCUCCGUGCAGCAGGCAAAACCGAAGAGAAAACAGGAGGCAGGUCCCAGUUACCCUGGAGAGAAGUGUACUCGGAAAUCCCGGGCCAGCCUGGUCCCCUGGGCAGCGCUGGAGGAGGGGCAGCUGUGAGCCCCUGCCCUGCCCCUCAGCUGGAGAAAAGGCCCAGCGCAGGGCCCUGCCCGCCCCUUGGAUCAGCCCACGGCCUCCUGUCCUGGAAGCCCAGGGUCGGUGAAGAAUCCAGAGGCUUGGGGCCUGGAAAUGGAAGACCGAGUAUUGCAGCCAGGACCCAGGGGAAGCCACUGCCCAGAGGCCUGCCUGAGCCACCGCCCGCAGCUGCCACCCCUCCGGCUUUGCCCCAGGCGCCCCCACAGCCAUGCCCCUGUGGAAGUUCUCUGCGGCAGGAGCUCCACAGCCUCGGCGCCGCCCUCUCGGAGAAGCUGGACCGGCUGGCUGCAGCCCUGGCGGGCCUGUCUCAGGAAGUGGCCACCAUGAGGACGCAGGUGGAUCGGCUGGGGAGGCGGCCUCGGGGCCCUGGGCCGAAGUGCCAGGCUUCCUGGCCGUGGGCCCUGUCCCGGGGACCUCGCUGGGUCAGUGGCCCUGCUCACAGACACCUGCCCUACGGGAGGCAGAAGGGCCCCGCCAGGCCGAAACCAAAGAUCCUGCGCAGUCAGGCAGAAGGCUGCAGGGCCGGGGACGCCCCAGGCCUCUCCUGCAGGAGAUUCCGCCCGGCGCCUCAGCUGCCUCCGGAUGCCCCCACGGCAGAACCUUCUGGGCAGGACUCCAGCCCUUCCCAGCAGCCCCUCUCCUCAGCUUGCGGCUGCCGUGCUGUGCAUGCCUCCCUGGGACACGCCGGGGGGCUGCAGAGCGCCCCCAGCUCCUCAGUGCCUGUCGCCGUACCCCCGCAGGUGGCUCGUCCUACAGCCAGUGCGGACGCGGAGCCGCUGUGUGUGGCAGCCGUGCCCCCCGGGACCCGGGGCCAGCCCAAGGACCCCGGCGGCCUGACGGCAGGGGUCCAGAGGGCCCUGGAGGAGGAACUGUGGGGUGCGGGAUGUAGGGCCCUGAGGUGGGGGACCCCUAGCCACCUUCUUCAUCAGCUCAGCCCUGCUGAAGGCGGCCUGACCCUGGCCACGUCCCCCCGGCGCUGUCCUGCCCCCUCACCCUGCUCCAGCCCAGCCUUCCCCGCCUCUGGGCCGUGAGGGGCUGCGGCCUCUGCCCUGGGCCCCCUCGCCCCAGACUCCAGGAUGCUGCUUGCUCGGGGAGGCCGCUGUUUGGGGUGCCUUUCUCAGCCACGCCCGUGGCCGCCUUGGCUCAGGUUUACUCAGAUGUUGCUUCCCAGUCUCGUCCUUCCCACUGGAUCUGUCCCGGCACGCAGGGGGGAGGCGCGCGUGCUCACAAGUGCACACGCCCUGCACGGACGGCCGAGGGCCCCUCUUCCAGGCACCCGCCCUUCCCGAUCUCGGCACUAAGCUGGGCUUGGCUCCUGCUUUCUUGGUUAAUAGGGCAUCGGUUUCGUUUGGAGAGAACCAACCCCCCACAGUUUCACCUGCGUUUGCCCAUGUGGAGUCUGACGUUAGAGAAGUAGGGGUGCUGGGGGAAGGGCCCUCGGCUCCUGGGGGAGGGGCCCAGCGGGGCUGGACCAGCACUGCCCUCGGUUAUGUUACCAGUGCGGGUACGCAGUCGGCUCAGCUCCUGCCUUUCCACGCUUCCGGAGAGUCCGCGGCCUCCCGGAGAACCAGCUGUGGGACCGAAUUCCCACAAGACUUCUUUGAAGAGCGGCUCACGGUCACCGGGCAGCUCAGACGCCAGACCUUUACAGUGUGGAGGCCAGAGUCCAAGGUCGGGGUGUUGGCAGAAUCAGUGCCUACUGAGGCAGCAAGGAGGGUCGGCUGCGGGGCUCUCCUGGCCUGUCCGUGGCUUUCUCUCUGGAAACACAUCUCCAGAUUUCCCUUGUGUGAGGGCGGCAGCCGUGUAGGACCAGGCCCACGCGAAUGCUCUCACCGUGACUUGAUCACCUCUUUCAAACCCUGUCUCCAAAUAAGGUCGCAUUCUUAGGUACUGGGAGUUAAGACAGCAUGAAUUUGGGGGGCACAGUUGAAACCGUAACACAUCCACCAGACUCUUCCUGAAUUUGUCCUCGGAGGAGAGCAUGACUGCGAUGCCUCCAGGCCUCCGUGGCCGGCUCCGGGCCCCACUCCUCAGGUGGCAUUCGGUCGUGUAUGGAGAGGCUUGCCUGUCACCCCCCAGGGUCAGCUCUUUUUCCCUAGCCUCUGUUCCCACUUUAGUCCUUACUAGAUUUGAAGACUUUUCGGGAACUCUCUGUGUGCACUUGAUGCCCAGGAAGGGCCGCCCAGCAUGGGCUGGCGUGGUCGCCGUGGCUGCCAGGAACAGGUGCCAGUGCCCAGGCCCAAGCCACUUGGGGCCCAAAAGGGGCUGUGCCCCGAUGGCUGUGACCAAGCAAUGCCUGGUCAGGGUCACUGGGGACACAUGCAGGGCCUGGCUUGUGCUCUUGGGUCCCCUCUGGGAGCAGCAGGCUGCCGAUGGGGGACAGAAGGGAGAGGGGGUGGUGCUGACAGUGUUAAAUGUUGUCAGGACUGGAGUAAGUCCCAAGAUGACUGUUGCAGAAGCUAAGGUCUAUAGGAUCACAUAAGCAGGGUGUUUGGUACAGUGUCUUCACGUCUAGCCGUACUCAGUAAGAGAAUAGGGGCAGGAAAGUCCUAGGCUUUCCACUCAGAGGCCUCAGGAAGAGGAGUCUUUUUCAGGCUGCAGUGAGUGAUGCUAGGCAGGCUCAGAGCCAGAAGAAAUGGUAGGACAGGGAUGAGGGGAGAGGGGCAGGGGGUGCGGUCAGUAUGAGGAGAGAUCUGUGCUCCCCUGCUCAGCCCUCCCUCUGCCCUGCACACUGGCCUCCAAUCCCCUGGCUCCCUUCUCAGCAGCGGCCACGGAAGUGCUCUGCACCCACCUCUGUACAGCAUUUGUGGGCCUUAUCAGCAUCAGCCGUCACACAGACCCUCCGAAGCAAGCUUGAAGGAACAGACCAGCCAGAGGGCGUAAAUGACCUUGCACUUUGCUGCCUGCCCUUGGCGGAGCCGCAGCCUUCACCUGCGCCACAGACACGAACGCUCAGGGCAAGCCCGGUCUCCGCGGUCCAGAUCCAAUCCGAUCAUACAGAAAGUUCAAGGCUUUUUUUUUUUUUAUGUGGAAAAUGAGUAAUAAA